AGCUUGUUUGAAGACUCUGGAAGGGGAGCGGCGGGUGGUUCACAGUUUCUUGUCAAAGUUUUCCUGAAGUUUACAGAGUAAAUCUCUGCCCCCCCCCCCCCCCACACCGCCUCGCGCCCUUCUGUGAGCGCGCACACAGUGUUCUCGUGUCACAGCGUGCGCUUCGCUGCUUGCAUGACAGCCUUGUUCAGUUCCCGUUUAUUUUCCUAACCCGACUAAAGUAGGAAAAUAACAACAGAGAUGAAGGCAUCUUCGCAACGCGGUAUGUCUGCUGUAAAUAUGGAUAAAUACAGUUUAUCUCUCCUCACUGCUAAAGAGGAUAUACUGAAUGGAAAGAAUUCAACAAACUGGGCACUAUUUGUCUAUGACAGGGGAAAUGAUCUUAAACUGUCAGACUCUGGAGCUGGUGGUGUGGAGGAAUUAGCUCAGAAGUUCAACAGUAACAGUAUCAAGUAUGGAUUCUGCAGGGUGAGAGAUCCCAGCUCAGGAUUACCCAGAUACAUCCUGAUAAGUUGGGUUGGUCAAGAUGUUGAUGAAGCUCGAAGACACCUUUGUAGUAGUCACAUCCCUGCAAUCCAGUCCUUUUUCAAGGAAGCACAUGUUUUCUUACCAGCCCGAAGGAUUGAUGAUGUCACUGUUGAUGCCAUUCACAAAGUAAUUUCUAACAUCCCACCAACUACCAAGCGCUUUGGGAGAUCUGCUAGUGUGAUUGGUUCUGAAGACACUGUGGGUGCAAAGUAUAUGAAGACAAACGCUGCUGUGGAGAUGAGAAGGUUAAACAGGGAACGAUUCUGGGCUCUGGCUGAGAAGGAGGAGGAAGAGAGGAAGGCUGAGGAAAAGACAAGAAAAGCUGAAGAAAAGAAACGCUUGGAGAGGGAACGGCUGGAAAAGGAGAAGAGGGAAGCUGAUAACCGGGAGAGAAGGAUAUUGGAAAAGGAGAGAAUGGUGGAAGAACAAAGAAGACUACAGGUCAUACUUGAAGCUGAAGAAAGGAAGAUAGAGAAAGUAAAAUGGGAGCAACAACAGAGGGAGCAUGAAGAAGAGAUGAGAAACAGAUAUAAAAGGAGUGAGUCAAUUGAGAAAGCAGCGGAAGCUCAAGCAUUGUUAUCACAUCGACCAAUGAAUCCUCGAGAGUUCUUCAAGCAGCGAGAACGUGAGUCUUCCUCAUCCUCCCCUCCAGCUUCUCCCAUAGGGAAAACAGGGAGUCAACGACGGCCACCUCUUAGAUACACACGCAGCAAUACAGAUUCAUGUUUCAGUUUUACAAAAUCUGAAAGCCCAACGUCACCUACUUCAUCUUGGCGAUCAGGAUGUACCUUUCCUUCUCCAAGGAGUACUGGGCCUUCUUAUUCACCUACGGAAAUGUUUAGGACUGGGCCAUCUUUUAAGUCAUCCAUUGGUUCAUCAAAAGGAGGCUAUGUUUUUUCUGCCAUUUCUUCAAGUUCACAGCCAGGACGUUUUUCUCCAAAACAGACAUACCGAGACAGCCCACCCACAGUACAGUCAUCAUCUGAUGUCUCACCUACAGCUGAACCUGUAUCAGUUAAUCAUGUAAGAUAUGAUAGUCAGCCCAGUGCAGAAUCUGUAACUUAUAUUAACCUAAGUAUUGCAAAGGAUGCACCGCAUAACAGUACUGCUACAGAGAAGUCUGAAUCUCCUGAAACCUCAUAUAGUAUCAACUCUACAUCACAUUGUAGUGUUCCUAUGGUAGAAACUGUACCAAAUGAAACCACAGAACAUGUAACUUACACCACUGUCAAAACAACGAAUGCCAUGUGCCUUAAGGCUUCUGCAGCACAGUCUUUUUCACAAACUAAUGGAAUUACAGUAGUAGAACCUGUGCCAUAUACUUCACCAGUGGCAUCACUACUGCCUGAAAACCCACCUGCAGAAAAACAUAUUUUGCUUAACCAGCCUGUGGAAGAAUCCAUUGUUUAUAUCAGUGCACCAUCAUCAACGCAGCAAGAAGAGCAUGAUCAUCCAGUUGUAGCCAAGUAUGUAUCUCUUGCUGAGUCACCUACACUGAAAUCUGUACCCCAUAGCACUACAUCUACAACAGAAUUUGUUUUCCAGUUUAGUACACCGACAACAGGGCAAGUAUCUGAUGAGAAUUAUCUUGCAUCAAAGAGAUUGUCAAGUGAAGUCCUACCAGAAAAGGGACUUGAUUCACAGGAAAACCAACCAGUAGUGGAGCCUGUUCCAUAUGAUAAACAAACAGCAGAUGAUUUGGUGCCAUAUGAGACUCCACCAAGCACAGCACUUGCGUCAGUUGAAAAACAGCCGUGUUCAUAUUUGCAGCCCACUGAGAACCAAUUAAAAGAAGAGGUGGCACUUUCUAAAGACCACUCCGUUGUAGUAUUGGGAACUUCUGAAGACAAGCUAAGUGCAGAUUUGGCUCCUUUUGAGAACCAGUCAAAAACAGUAUCAGAGCCUUCUGAGAUUAAGCUUAGAGCUGAGUUGGUUUAUGUUUCAAGCCUACAAAGUGAAGAACAGGAGUCCUUUGAAGACCAACAAAGAGAAAAGCCAGAGGUUCCUGAAGAUCAUCUCAGAGAACAGAUGUUUUUAUCUGACAAACAACCAAAAACAGAAACGGAGCUCACUCAGAAUUACAUUAGCUCAGAAUAUGUAUCCUCUGAGAGGCAACCUGUUGUAGAAGUGGUAGAACAUGAGAAUCAGGCAAAAAUAGAAUUGGUAUCCUGUAAAAACCAGGCCAGUGCAGAAUUGUCUUCUGAAGACAAUUACAGAGUAGAGAUGGUGUACUCUGAUAAUUAUUCACUUACUGAAACUGAGUCCCAUGAGAACCAACCAGCAGCAGCAUUGGAACUCUGUUGGAACCUGCAGGAGUCACCAAAACUUGAGCCUACUAAGAAACAGUCCACAGCAGGCUUAGAACCACAUGAAAGCCAACCCAAAACAAUGGUUGUGUGUUUUGAGAAACAAGCUGCAACAGAGCUAGUAUCCUGUGAAAACCUUUCAAAAGAAGUGGAACUUUCCAAGGAUCAGCUCAGAGAAGAUUCGGUGCACAGAGAGAGUUGGCCAGUGGUAGACCAGGAGCAUAGUAAAGAUCAGGUAAGAGCUGAUUUAGCACAUUCUGAGAACCAAGUGAAUGCAGAGGUGGAAUAUUUUGAGAACAGGCCAGCAACAGAAUCAAUGUUUUCUGUGGAACAGCUAAGUACAAGGAUGGUACCCUUUAAGGACCAUAUUAGACCUGAACUGAUGUUCAGUGAUAAUCAUUCACCAUCAGGGUUGGAGCAUUCUGAAGGUCUAAUUAGAGUAGAAGAGAUAUCUUGUGAAGAACAAAAUAGACUUGAGCUGGUGUACCAUGAGAGUCAUUCAACAGUAGAACUGGAGCCUUCUGAGGAUAUUCCAAGAAAAGUGUUGGCGCCUUUUGUGGACCAAAUCAAAGCAGAGCUUGUAUACUGUGACAGUGAGUCUCCAGAAGACAUGGAGCCUUAUAAGGAUCAAGUCAGAGCAAAGCUAGAACCCCAUGAGGAUGAACGCAGAGCAGAGCUGGUGUAUCAUGAGAACCAGUCAUCAGCAGAAUUGCAGCCUUCUGAGGACCAUCUGAGAGAAGAACUGCUCUGCUGUGAGGAUGAAGUCAGAGCUGAGCUGGUAUACCAUGAGAACCAGUCAUCAGCAGAAUUGCAGCCUUCUGAAGAUAAGCACAGAGCAGAGCUGGUAACCCAUGAGGAUGAAAUCAGAGCCGAGAUGGUGUACCAUGAGAACCAGUCAUCAGCAGAAUUGCAGCCUUCUGAGGACCAGCUGAGUGAAGAACUGCUCCCCUGUGAGGAUGAAGUCAGAGCUGAGCUGUUAUACCAUGAGAGACAGUCAUCAGCAGAAUUGCAGCCUUCUGAAGAUCAGCGCAGAUCAGAGCUGGUAUUCCAUGAAGAUGAAAUUGGAGCUGGGCUGGUGUACCAUGAGAGCCAGUCAUCAACAGAAUUACAGCCUUCUGAGGACCAGCUGAGAGGAGAGCUGUUCCCCUGUGAGGAUGAAUUCAGAGCUGAGCUGGUGUACCAUGAGAGCCAGUCAUCAGCAGAAUUGCAGCCUUCUGAAGAUCAGUACAGAGCAGAGCUGGUAUCCCAUGAGGAUGAACUCAGAGCUGAGCUGGUGUACCAUGAGAGCCAGUCAUCAGCAGAAUUGCAGCCAUCUGAAGAUCAGCACAGAGCAGAACUGGUAUCCCAUGACGAUAAAAUUAGAGCCGAGCUGGUGUACUAUGAAAAUGAGUCAGCAGAAGAAGUGGAACCUUCUGAGAAACAGGUAAGAGCAGAGCUGGUACCCUGUGAGGAUGAAAUAAGAGCCGAGAUAGUGUACCAUGAGAACAUGUCACCAGCAGAACUGCAGUCUUCUGAAGAUCAACACAGAGCAGAGCUUCUCCCCUGUGAGGAUGAAAUCAGAGCUGAGUUGGUGUACCAUGAGAACCUAUCAUCAGCUUCUGAGGAUCAACACAGAGCAGAACUGGUACUCUGUGAUAAACACCCAGCAGUCCAUCUAGAGCUUUAUAAGAACCAAGAAGCUUCAGCAAUAGAGACCUGUGGCAAUAAGCUACUGAGAACACUGGAGCCAUCUAAGAACCAACAAGAAUCUCUACUUGUAACCUGUGAGAACAAACCAAGAGUAGAAACAGUGUACUGUGAAAAUCAGCCAAGCAACCAAGCAUUACCCACUGAGAAUAAACCAUGGGCAGGGUUCAUAAUUACUGAAAAGGAAUGUAUGCCUUUUGAAAAUUCUGUAGUAGCACUGACCAGUGAAAAUAAUGUAACAGCAGAACAACUGUUAUAUGAAAUACCACUUACCACUGAAUAUCUGUCUUGUGAGACCACACUUUCAGAAAAAUCUUUGGGUCACAUCACUCCUACUACAAUAUAUCACACAGAGUGUAGCCCAUCUGCAGACGUCUGUGAUGUGUAUAUUAACCAAGUUGCAAUACACAGCAACUCCUAUUGUGUUGCAUCUGAAGUAGAGACUUCAUCACUUGAUGGACAGCCUACACCUGCCACAGAGCAGAGGUUAAAAUAUAAUGGUCACCAAAGUACUGAAAGAUAUAUGACAUUUGAUGAAACAACUACACCUGAAAGUGUGUCUAGUAGUACUUUGCAUGCAUUAGCAGACUUAUCACUCACUGAUCCAUCAACAACUGAGCUAAUACAGUAUCAGUCCAUAGCUGACUAUGUGUCUGUUGAUAAUGCUGUCACUACAAAUGCAUCACUACCCUGCAAUCCAACCCAGGCUGAAGCAAAUUUCUGUUCUGAUGUACUGACAACUGAGACCACACUGCCUAGCCAAGUGCCAGAAUCUUCCUUCAGAAUCACAACUCAGGGUAUGCUUCUCCAGUCAGAUGAGGAUGGACCUGGAAUUUGUAACCCCAGUGACUCACAAUCAAUUGCUUUCACAUUGUCUGAAAAUGGGAAUGGAACACCUUCAGAAGACACAGUAAUAUCAGAACAUGCUAUCCCAGUUGCACAGUGCCAGGCUACACAGGUGGAAGCCUACUUUUAUGGCCAGAAUGCUGCUGAUACACAAGAAACAGAAAAACAGGCUGAGGAACAGUGCAGCACAAAAGAAGAAGAGACAGUGAUACCAGAACAUACCAUGACAGCUACGUGGUGCCAUAUUCCAGAGCUGGAAGCCUUUUUACGUGAUCAACCAUCCCUUGCUCCAUAUGAGAUAGAAGAGCAGUCUGAAGAACAAUACUGUUCAGAAGAUGAGCUUCAACCAGAGGAUGGACAGACCCAUGCCCAGUACAGUCUGCCUACUUUCAGUGCACUAGACAAAAACACUGCCUGCACCACUUUGAAGACAGAGCAUUGCGAGAGCGAGGACCAUGACAGUGGGAUGGAACAGGACCAGCAGGCAGAGGAAGAUACUCGACAGGUACCAAGCGGCAUGACUUUAUUGGAUACAAGAACUUCAGAUCUGAACUUUUUAUGAGCAGGAGCACUGUGGUAUAAGGCAGACAAUGGAGUAGACAUUUCGCAUGAGCCAGAGACUCAAAUCAAGACUGUAAACAUUGCCAAAUCUGCCUCAUAGUAUGAAUAUCGGAUUGCAAGAUGGACUCCUGUAGGACAUUCCCUUCCAAUAUUUUAGAAUCUGCAUGACAUGCUUUUUUCUCUGGAAGUCCUUCAUGAGAAUUAACCUGAAAUGGCUGAUUUUCCAUGAGAUUGUGAUUAGCUGUUCCUCACAUUUGCACAGAGUUAUGAAACGCAUUGCACAUACUUCUUAUUGUCAACUGAGAACUCUAUUUAGUUAACUACUAAUUUGUUUUGCCUCAAUAAGCUCUAUGCUUGGUUUUGUAAAGCUGUCAACAUAGUCUCAGGUUUAAGGCUUAUGUGCCUUAGGUCUCCAGCUGCCUUAUUUCCUCCACUGAAGCAGGUCCUUCUCUGAAAAUGUAUACAUUUUAGUUUAGGAACUCGCAUGUUCUUCCUUUAUCACAAAUUGAGUUACAUAAAAUUAAAAGACAAAGAAAAUCAGUUAUUGUUGGCUUAAUAGUAGUUGAACAAGACUAACACAAUUUCAGAUCUCUGAGCACUUUUCUUGACAAAUGUUUUAGAAGCUUAAGUUGUAAAAUGCACUGUGUUUGGCUGUAUUUAAGUAUUUAUAUACAACGCAUCAUAGUUUAAAAUUAUUUUGCGGGUACUAAUGGUUUUAGAAAGAUUAUCAAGUUCCAGUAGAGAACUUUGAGCUGUUUGACCACUUCCAGAAAACUUUCUGUGCAGUCUUCUGUAGCUAUAACAGUAGUACGGUAUGGUAUAUGCAAAGCCUCAUGUCUGAAGGUGACGUCCCCUUUAAGUGAUGUUUCUCCUUACUGUCAUUACUUCUUUCUAACCCACGUCUUUAUUAGUACCAUAAAUCUGUUAUGUCUCCAUAAUUACAUGCCAGCAGCACCAUUCCAUCCAGAGAACCAUUACAGUGUUCGCCUCACAGUGCUUGCUCAUUAGUCAAAUGGACAAAUUUUUAUUAGUUUUUGUCAGUUGAAGGGCAGCAAAAACUAGUCACUGAAACAGAUUUUGAUGGCAAAUGAGAUUUUCUUAACAUUCUUUGUCUGACCAUUUUCUUAACCACUGCACAGAAUGCAAAUUCUACAUAAUAAUUUACCCACAUCUUCGCAUCCUCACACACUGCAUGUUUGACCUUGAAUUCAUAAUUUCUGUCAUCACUUUUGGCUUUUCACCCGGUUGAGAAGGUCGUUCCAUUCACUCACUGUCCAGAAGUGAAUAAGAAUUUCAUUUUGCAUAUUAUUUUUGAAACACUCCUGCAUUCAUAUUGUGCUUAUUUGCUGCAUGUCCCUUUCUCUGAAUGCUACUUCUAUCUUAGACUUAACUGUAUUAGUUUCUCUCUAAUUGUCUUUUUCCCCUCCCUUCCAUAAUGUUUAUCUUUUGUACUCUUGUAGACUUUUUUGUAAGAUGACUACUGCAGGUUUUCCAUCAAUUUAGCUACAUUUUUUGUAUGAAAUGUCAGAAGAGAGGGCUUAUAAAACAGACUGGGAAACAGAACACAUAUCAACAUAGUAUAAAAAGAUAAAGCCAUACUUUUCUUUUGGUGAUAUCAUCCUUUGCAUCCAAGCUAUUCCAAGCUUAAUGUUAUUUGUUUGAUUAAGCAUUGUCUCAGAGAUGGCCACAAGAAUGUUUUAUGUUUUUUUAUUUUUUUCUUCUUAUUUUUUUUUCCCAAAAGUGAAUUCCUUCUCAGAUCUCUGCAUAUAAUCUUUGUCACAUUUGGACUGUACGCCCUCUUCAUCUUUGUUCAUUUGUUCAUUCUGUUUUCUGAGCAGGAUAGUACUUGCUAUGCACUCUAAUUUAUUAUCCAUGUUAUGGUGUUGCGCCAGAAUGUUCCCGCUAAAGUUUAGGUAGACAGUUUCCAUACCUAAUAAUAGAUUAUGCAGUAUUUUGUCUAAUCAAACAAGAAGGCCAAAUCAGCAUUAUUAUAUGAGCACUUUAGGAGUAAAUGUGUUUAUUAAAAGUUAGGUGUGCAGUAAAAUCCCCUAUUUUUUAUGCACAGAUAUGGCUGGAUACUGAAUAACUCCCCUUAGCGAAUAGCACUUGUGUCUUCUUGAACUCUUCCAGGUGUAAUUAAUGGCUGAUCAUAAAUAUGCAGUUUAAAUAUUAUUAUAUGUAAAAAAGAGAAGAGAAUUUUAAUAAUGAGCGAUACCAUUAGCUGUUAAAGUCACAUUAGUUCAGUAAACUGCUUGCCUGUUUGUUGUAUUCCUAAGUAAAACAUUUUUUCUGUGGUUGUUCAUAGUAAAAUAGAGAAAACAGCAGCAAGUGUGGCUGACCUGCAUUUUUAAGUGGAAGGUAAAGCACGUUACUAAGCUUGUUAAAUAUUUCAAGUUAAGUGCACUCUGUUUAUUUGCUGCCUUCCUCUCUUGCUUAUCACCUGUCUGUUAUCGCAUUAUGUUGUAAACCAGCCAUGCUUGUUUACCUUUUGCUUCUCAUAAGUCACAAGAAAUGCAGUAAAUAACUAAAAACAUAUGAACCACAGCUGCUGUCGUUUCAGAAAUGUACUGCCGUCUUGUAUACAGUAAACUCUGUAAUGCUUACUUUAUGGACUAAGUAAUACUGCCAACUCUUUGUAACAGCAAUUAGCAUUUGUAAAUAUGUGUAAUAAAAAGUAUAUCAACUUGUCA